UCAUCCUGUGAACACCAUCCUGCGCAACACAAUGGCCUCUCACGGAAUCACCUUCGCUGCCCUUCUUACCCUGGCCGCCCUCACGCACGCAGCCGACACCGCCCACAAAAACGACGCACGACUUUUCUACGACGACAACACCUCUCUCACCAUCGGCAAGAUAACCCUAUCCUACAUCGGGGUCAUCUUCGUCGGUAUACUCUUGUUCUCGUCUUUCCUGGGGCUCUUCGGGACACUGGCCAAUGUUGCUCAGCCCUACGACUUCGCCCCUUCUACCGCUUACGGUGCCUCUGUCCCAGCCUACGUCCAGAAAUUAAUUGAGGAUGCUGUCAACAAGUUCCUGUAGAGACCGCGAGCAUAGAAGAAUAUCAUUCGAUAGUCAAAUAAACAGACAGAGAGAAACCCUUGUUGCUUCGAUAAUUAUUCGUUAUCACCAAAAGUUUUCGACAUUUUUCUUCGGUAGAGAAGAUUGUGAAACUAGUGAUUGAUUUGUUAAUUGUUUUUGUAUCAUAUUGUCUCUUAUAUAUUUUAUAAUGUAAAUAAAUUGUUUUCUUUA